AUGUCAUUCCUUCGCACAAAGUUCACCGAAUUAUUGAAAGAUGUUGGGGUCAGAUAUCCGAUCGUAUCCGGACCAAUGGAUUUUGUAACAAGUGUGGAAUUAGCUACACAGGUUACUUUGGCCGGAGGACUAGGAUUUAUUCCGGCUGGAAGUGAGACGGCUGAUAAGUUAGAUCGGGAUCUCGCGAAGGCAAAACAAUUAUUGAACAAUUCCUCGGAAAUUCUUCCAAUUGGUGUAGGAUUUAAGAAUUUCGUUCUCCAUUCACAAUCCUCAAAAGCUGGGGGAAACGAAAAAUGCAUACCACCACCUCUUGAGACCAUUCUUUCCCAUAAACCAGCGGCAGUCUGGUUUUCAUUUGGCGACUUUCAUGAGUAUAUACCCAUCGUUCGCGAAAUGUCUCCGAAAACCAAAAUAUUUUCCCAAGUUGGUACGGUCGAAACAGCAAUCGCCUCAGCAAACCUAGGGGUAGAUGUGAUAGUGAUGCAAGGAAAUGACUCAGGCGGUCACGGGUUAGUUAAUAAUGCCAGCGUGGUGACCUUGGUGCCCGAAGCAAUUGACGCUCUCAAGGAUCAUAAGAAUGGUCACAUACCAGUACUAGCUGCCGGCGGGAUUAUGGAUGGACGCGGUUUGGUUGCUAUGCUUGCGUUUGGUUCUUCCGGUGUGGUGAUGGGAACUCGAUUUGCGGCAUCUAAAGAAAGUCUUUCGAAGCCAAUUGCAAAGGAGAUGUUUGUAAAUGCGCAUGAUGGUGGAGUGAGCACUGUGAGAACCAGUGUUUUUGACAAAAUGAAACAACCAAAUUUGUGGCCCUCACAGUUUGACGGGAGAGCAUUGAGGAACAAAACUUUAGAAGAAGGUGAUGUUGAUCCUGGUGAUGAAGAGAAAAUCGCGGAGAGAAGAAGAAUCUAUUCAGAGGCUAUGAAGAAUGGCGAUUAUUCUCGUGCGGUGAUUUAUGCUGGAACAGGCGUUGGCCUUAUAAAAGAAAUCUUGUCGGCCAAGGAAAUCGUUGAAACAACAAUCGAUGAAGCCAAAAACAUAAUGAAAGGUUUUGCGAUGCCGUGA